CAUGAAGAAGACUGUUCAAAGUCAACAGGAAAUGGCGUAUCGAAUUUCAAAUUUACAGAGAGUAGAAAUGGAGAAAAGUCAAGCAGAACAAGACAAGCAGUUUCUUUUAGUUGAAAACACCCGUCUUCGUGCAUGCCUGGAAGAAUCAGGCUACUUACGCAAUUAUUUGCAGGAAUACUAUAAAGUUUUGCAAGACACACAGUUAGAGUUACAGAGGGAAACUGAGAAAAACAGACAUGUCAAUGAGUUAUUGUCGACUAAUGGCCACCGUUUAGAGAAUAUGGCAGCAAAUUUACGGAAUUACCGUUCUGCAGCAGAGAACUACAGGAGAUUGCUGGAAGAGAAAAAAGAAUGUGUACAUGGGCUCCAACAGCAGGUAGAUCAGCUAACUUUUAAAAAUGAAAAGUUAACAGAGGAACGUGACAAAUAUCACCAGGAAAGCUUUGAACUAAAUGACAGAUGCCAACGUUUGAAUGAAGAGCUAGAACAGACAAGAAAUGAAAGCAGAGAACUGAGGGAGCAAGUUGAUGCUGCUGAUGGUACAAUUGAAAAUAGAUCAUUCCCAAAUCAAGGUCAUUUUCCAAAUCUUUUUACUAGUACUCCAGCAAGUACAGGUAAGUGA